AUGAACUCCAAAUCCCUCCGCCGCCUCGCCGCCGACCACGGCUCCCUCCAUACCGCCGGUCUCCCGCCAAAUUACCUAUUUCCUCCGGGAGCAGACGACUCGGCUGAUCUCACCUCCCUCGACAUCCUCCUCGCCGGCCCCGUCGGUACGCCCUACUCCGGCGGUGUAUGGCGCUUACACCUCGAUAUCCCACCCACAUACCCUACUGCACCCCCGACAGCCCAGUUCCGAACCCGACUAUGGCACCCAAAUAUCGACGAAGCCACCGGCGCUGUGUGCGUCGAAACGCUGAAGCGCGAUUGGAGCAGCACGCUGAAGCUUCGAGAUGUUCUCGUCACUAUAUCAUGUUUACUCAUACAACCGAAUCCAGCAAGUGCGCUCAACGAAGCGGCGGGGAAAUUGGCCGUUGAAGACUGGGAUGGAUACUGUAGAAGAGCCAAGCUCAUGACAGACAUCCACGCCGCGGUACCGAGGGACAUGGCAGAUGAGGUUCGAGAGGCGCAGAUGAGGGGAGAGGAUAAGAUUGCUGAGCCGGAACAAAUACAACACAUUGCGAAACCUCACUCCAAAGGCAAGGAGAGGGAGAGGGUCAAGGUCACACCGGCGGGGCCUAAGCUCACACGGCAGGCAUCCGAAGAUGAAGAGAACAGACGACGGAGAGGCGCAACGCAAGACCAAGACAGCGACCCUGAGGAGGACUGGAUACCCGGACCGGGCGAUAAGAUGGGGAGACGAGCUGUAAGGAUGAGGAGACAGGAAAACAACGUCCUUGGUAUCGAAGGAUUGGGAGGUCUCAACACACCACCAAAACGCGUCUUCGCCGCUACCCACACCCCAUCGCGUACAUCACCCACGUUGAGCGACAACGAGAAUGGAAAGGAGGAUAUCCCCGACGAUAACGAGCCUUUUAUCACCGUCACCUCGAAACGGAAUGCGCAUACCCUCCACCUCACCUCAACAGAAACAGGAACAGGAACAAAGACAGGAGCAGGAGCGGAAACAGACACAGAAACCCCCAACCUCCUCAAAUUCUCCCACCAAAACCCUUUCUCGGCUAUCCAGCUAAACAAUCAAACUCACCCCUUCUUCAAGGAGUUUUCGUAUUCGUGGGAGGAUGCAAUGGUUUUGCAUGAUGCUGGUGUGGGUAAUACUGGCAGUGGUGGUACAAGUAAAUCCGAUGUGAGAAAGAGACUUGCGGAAGACGAGUUUGACAAGAAGAAGAGGUGGGAGAUGAAGAGGUUCAAGAGAGCGGGGUGCGAUCUGAAGAGGUUUAAUCGAGGAGAUUUUGGGGCGAGAACGGGUGUUGGUCGGCUUUAG